CGUCCCUCUGCACAGCAGCAGCACUUGUGAUUAUCUGACCCAACGUUCUGGAGUCGUCUCUCCAACAGAAGUUCAAGUUUUAAAUUCCUGCUUCAUCAGAGGCCUGUGGCGUCAUGACAAGCUGCUUAUUGUUGGUGUUCUGUGUGGCAGCUCUGACAGUAUGGGACGUCACUGCAGAUGCCAAGGAGUUAUCCAUCACCACCAUUAAGGAGGACCCGUACACCAUGAGGAAAGGCUCAGAGCUGGAGGGUUACUGCAUCGAUUUGAUCUCUGAGCUCUCUGAAAAGCUGGGCUUCAAGUACAACAUCCAUCUGGUGAAGGACGGCAAAUACGGCGCCAUGGACGCCAGCGAGAACUGGAACGGUAUGAUCGGAGAGGUCAUCAGAGGGGAAGCCGACCUGGCCGUGGCCCCGCUGACCCUCACGGCGACCAGAGAGCAGUAUGUGGACAUGACCACGCCCUUCAUGCAGAUCGGGAUCAGCUUUGUCAUGCACAAAGACGUGGCCUUUGAGGACGCCGGCUUCAGUCUGCUGUCUCCGUUCUCCACCGACAUGUGGGUUGGUUUCCUUGUGGCCUUCCUGCUCACAGGGGUCUGCAUUUUCCUGAUUGGAAGGAUCAGCCCGUGUGAAUGGUCAGAGACGGACUCAGAGCAGCACAGCUUCACUCUGCUGCACAGUUUCUGGUACAUCACUGGAGCUCUGACGCUGCAAGGCGCCGGUCCUCACCCCAAAGCUUUGUCUGGACGGAUCGUCAGCGCCAUCUGGUGGAUCUUUGCUGUACUGCUUCUGGCCUGCUACUUUGGCAACAUGCACUCCAUGAUGCACUCGGACCAGAACCAUGUUUCCAUCAAGAGCUUUGAGGAUCUGGCUAACCAGGAUGUGAUUGAAUACGGCACCGUGGAUGGGGGGUCCACCAAGGCCUUCUUUAAGCUGUCGAACAACCCAGUGUACCGGCGGCUCUACCAGAACAUGGAGAGGAAGAAGAGCUUUGUGGCCACCCCUGCAGAGGGGAUCCGACGGGCUCAGGAGGGAGACUUUGCCUUCAUCGGCGAGUCCGUGUCCCUGGACCUGGCUGUGGCUCGCUACUGUAAGCUGAUCCGGGCACAGGAGGUCAUCGGCAUGAGAGGGUACUCCAUCGCAGCGCCUCUGGGUUCUCCUCUGGUGAAGAACCUGACCAUAGCCAUCCUUCAGCUCAGUGAGUCCGGGGAGCUGACCUACCUGAGGGAUAAAUGGUGGGCCAGCAGUUGUAGGAGUGCAGAGGGGACCUCCACCUCUGAGCCCCUGCACACCAGCGACCUGCGGGGUCUCUUCCUGCUGCUCGGCCUGGGCCUGGCUGUCGGCCUGCUGCUGGCUCUGCUGGAGCUCCUGUCCAAGGCCCGAAACCAGGCCAAGGAUGGGAAGAAAUCGUGUUGCUCUGUGUUGACGUCUGAGCUGAGUCGGCGAUUUGGCAGAGGAGGAGAGAGCACAGAGGCAGAGAGCUCGGACAAAAGCAAAGCCUGAAAUUAAAGUUUACAUGUUAGCUGUUGACCAGAAUUCUCCUUAAGCUUAGAGCAUCUGUCUCCAUAAAUACACCGUCUCUCUCUCUCUCUGUAGCCGUAUGUUUAGAUGUCCUUCAGGAUGGUUUUGACUCUAAAUGAUGAUAGGAUCACAUGAACUAACUCUUCAACACUUAGCUCCAGUCAAAGGGAAAUAGAGCAGCAUUGUUUUACUGUUCAGGUAGAAAUCCACAUCUCUAACACUAACUUCUGAUCUGUAAACUUUCUCUGUGACUGUAACUGUUUCUAUUUGAUGAUACAUUCCCAAUAAAUCCCUCGGUG